UGUCCACAGUCUCUGGUCAUCUCCUGUACUGUCUGCAGUCUCUGGUCAUCUCCUGUACUGUCCGCAGUCUCUGGUCAUCUCCUGUAGUAUGUCUGCAGUCUCUGGUCAUCUCCUGUACUGUCUGCAGUCUCUGGUCAUCUCUGUACUGUCUGCAGUCUCUGGUCAUCUCCUGUACUGUCUGCAGUCUCUGGUCAUCUCCUGUACUAUCUCUGCAGCCUCUGGUCAUCUCCUGUACUAUGUCUGCAAUCUCUGGUCAUCUCCUAUAGUAUGUCUGCAGUCUCUGGUCAUCUCCUGUACUAUGUCCGCAAUCUCUUGUAAUCUCCUAUAGUAUGUCUGCAGUCUCUGGUCAUCUCCUGUACUGUCUGUAGUCUCUGGUCAUCUCCUGUACUGUCUGCAGACUCUGGUCAUCUCCUGUACGAUGUCUGCAGUCUCUGGUCAUCUCCUGUACUGUCUGCAGACUCUGGUCAUCUCCUGUACUAUCUGCAGUCUCUGGUCAUCUCCUGUACUGUCUACAGUCUCUGGUCAUCUCCUGUAUAUGUCUGCAGUCUCUGGUCAUCAUCUCCUGUACUAUGUCUGCAGUCUCUGGUCAUCUCCU